AUGAAUGCACAAGCUUUAAGGAAGUUCGUUGAGGAGAAUCAGAGAUUGGUGUCGGAGUGUGCGCAUCUAAUGACUCAGUGCAACAAAUGGGAGAGGGAGUGCUCACUCUACGAUCAUGACCUAGAGGCUCUAAUGGAUUUUGGGAAUGAGGCUGAUCAGCGUGCUAAGGAGGCCAAGAUUCGUGAUCAGGAGUUGGAGGACGAAGUCAGAAAGUUGAGGGAUGAAUUGGCGUUAUUUAAGUACAAAAUGGAGAUGAAUUCGCUUCAUGAAAUUUUCUUUGUGCUUGGUGUAUGCUUUCCGGAAUGUUAUUGCAGCUUCAUUUAUGCUUUUACAAAAUUCAUUGUUGAUUUAGAUGCUGCACUUGAGAAGGAUAAGGAACAUCUUAUGAUCAAUCUUCAUAUGGCUGAUGAGGAGGUAAAGAGUGCAGAAUAUUUUCAACUUCCACUUGUUUUCCUUAUGUCUUCUCGCUCGAUUUUCCCUGGAAAACUCUAUUGUACAAAUGAUAUCCCAUACUUGUGA